AAUCGUCUGGGACAAAGAUGAUAUGAAGGCAGUCUGAGUUUUGAACAUUUCUCGCCGGAGGCACGAUCGAAUUAGGUUAAUGUAUUUGGUUCGUGCUAUGUUUCACCAAAAGCGACCUAGUCGCAUCGAAACUUUCAAUUUCACAAGAUGAACACACAAGAUACACGAAGUCAACAGAUGUUCAAAAUUCGUCGAACAACUCUUGGAUUUGGUGUUGUUCAAAUCCUCUUAGGCGUCUCAUUAACUGCGUUGUCUUUCGCAGCUUUCGCCUUCACUUCUUCGGAUAGAAUACGUAACGCUUGUCCUUACUGGGCUGGAUUCGCGGUUUUUUGGAGCGGUGGUGUAGGUAUAAUUGCUUGGAAGCAUUCGUCUGUGAUGUCGAUGAGUUUGUUCACAUUCUUCUCAGCGGUAUGUGUGGUUCUGCAGAUGAUUGGUACAAUUCUAACAGGAGAUGCAGGAGGCUUGCUCAGAUCACUUGUCAUGUGUGAAAAAGAAAUUUCAGGGCCUCGCUGCAAGUGCUGUGAAUCUGAAAUGGCCUGCUAUCAAGGUGUGGGAGUGGUGGAAUUUGAGGGGGUGCAGGACUGCAGUGUGAUAACAGGACUACUUACUGGGUUGUUAUAUGGACUUUGUGUUCUAACCAUCUUUGGAAGCUUACUGUGCUUCAUUGCAACUAUCUUGGGAUGUACUGCAGUAGCACGUCAAACAAGUCGACAUCAGGGGCUUUGUGGUCGCCAUAGUUCAAGGAGGUCCCAUGCUAGUAGGAACCCAGACAGCUACACUUGGGCUCCUUGUUCGACAGACCUUACAAUGUUGCCGCCCUACGCGCCACCGGUAUAUCACUCCGUGGAUAAUUUUCAAGAAUAUGGUCUGUCGUCAUGCAUAGUCCCGCCUCCAGUGUUUGACCCUACUGACUUACCUCCACCUUACUCAUCACAGAAUCCUUCCUUAGCCGAUUCUCAGAACUCUUUGACUUCUCCGGAGUCUUCAAACAACCUACCACAAUCUUCUGAAACGGACGUACAUUUCCAGCCUAUGCACUCGAGGCAUCAGGCAUUAAGUUACGACGAGGAACUCAGGGCCCCGCCUUCAGCCACCCUUAGCAUCUCUAGGGAAGGUUGCAACCUCCAAGAUAGAGGUGUGCCUUGGAAUGGCCACCUCAAUGCUAUGUCGGACAGUAGUGACCUUCUCACAGCUAGCGCUUCAUCCGAUUUGUCAAGCAGCUGUAAUAGGUGCUCUUCUGAACAACAAACGAAUGUUAAUGACACUGAUAUAUACAAGACAAUUCUUAUUGGAGCCACGCCUUUGCUUAAUCAUCCUGCAAAGUCUAGAAUUCAAGCGGAGUUCUCAGAACUAGUUGAAGCUUCCUCAGGCUCAAGGAGGCGAACAUCGUCGCUACAGGAGACAUCAACCAAAGAUAGUGUUCACGCUCGUAAUGUACCGGCGGUUUCUACAUCUUCUGCCCGAGGGACUCCUAUCUUAUCCCUGCGCACCCGGAGUAGAUCUUUAGGUGAAAACGCUAUCUAUGUGAAUUCAUUUGAGGUCAUGGCUCGACCUCCGCCCAACAUGCGACUGCCAGUUGAUGAACAGCUCAAAACUUGUAAUACUGCUAAGCCCGUCACCACCAGAAACUCCCAUCGACUUACAAAAAAAGGAACUCCGCUCAAAGGUGAUCCUUCGAAAGAUCACAUCAGCAGUCGUAGCGAGCAGAGGAAGGACAAAGUAAAAAAAAGACGACGAAGGCAUUCGCAUGGCAUUUCGAGACACAAGGAAAGAUGGAAUGUUAACUGUGAAUCACUAAACUCGCAAGUGAAUCGUGGAAACGACGAUUCAGUUACACAAGGCAAAGAAACGGUAGUAUGAAGAUAUGUGUUAGUGGCUUAGGCCUUAAUUAGAAGGUAGGUUGGGUUUGGAGAUAACAGGAAAAAUGACAGGGGUGAUCUUGGCAGCUUAACGAGGGGAAAGUGUGUGGAUUGGAACCAGAUAUAAUAGACUUGUCCCCGGAAAAUUACCAUACGAAAGACAUUUAAUA